CCAGCACUCGGGGCGCAGGGUCGACCUCCCUUCCUUCAUUGCUCGGAAUUGCAACCCAUGCUGCUGUCCGGGUUCCCGGUGUGUCUAAUCUUGCCUUGGUCCGGGGAGAUGCGUUCGCGGCUCACGUGGAAGUUUGUACUGACGCCGGCUUUGCAGGUUUAGGGAAUGGGCAAGCUCUCCCUUUUCCAACCCUGGUCUCCUUUGCCGCUCAGCCAUGCAGCUUCCGCAGGCCAUAAUUGUGCCUUGUGCCGCAAACUAUCCUGGCACUAUCUCGUUCUAGUGUUAGUACCCAGGGAUCUUGGAGAUUAUCAGCUUUGGUGAAGACCACGUUUUAGUCCCAUAGCAGAGGGUGAAUGAGGGCAUACCAGGCACCCCUUAAUCAAACUUACAGAUGGUGCAGGGAGUCCUGGAGGCCCCAGUGAGGUUGGACGGGCAGCAUGGAUGACUGGCACACAGCCUUCACCCAAAACACACUCGUCCCUCCCCACCCACAGAGAGCACGCCAGCUUGGGAAGGAGUCCACAGCGUUCCAGUGUGUCCUGAAGUGGCUUGAUGGGCCUCUAAUUAAGCAGGGAAUCCUAGACAUGUUGUCGGAGCUUGAAUGCCAUCUGCGAGUGUCUCUCUUCGAUGUCACCUACAAACACUUCUUUGGGAGGACAUGGAAAACCAUGGUGAAGUCCACCAAUCAGCUGUCCAGGCAGCCGCCCAGGAUCAUCUUCAAUGAGCCUUUCUACUUCCACACGACCUUGAACCACCCGAACAUUGUGGCUGUGGUAGAAGUGGUCGCUGAAGGCAGGAAGAGAGACGGCACCCUGCAGGUGCUGUCCUGUGGGUUUGGAAUUCUUCGAAUCUUUGGUAAUAAGCCGGAAUCUCCCACCUCUGCUGCCCAGGACAAACGGUUGAGGCUGUAUCAUGGCACCCCUAGAGCCCUUCUGCACCCGCUCCUCCAGGAUCCCAUAGAACAGAGCAAGCACAUGACACUGAUGGAGAACUGUAGCCUCCAGUAUACCUUGAAGCCACACCCACCCCUGGAGCCCGCCUUCCACCUGCUUCCCGAGAAUCUCCUGGUGUCUGGUCUCCAGCAGAUCCCUGGCCUCCUUCCCCCUCACGGGGACACGGGUGAUGUCCUGAGGAAGCCUCGCUUCCAGAAGCCCACCACAUGGCACCUGGAUGACCUCUUCUUCACCCUGUACCCCUCACUGGAGAAGUUUGAGGAGGAACUUCUGGAACUGCUCAUCAGCGACCACUUCCGGGAGGGGGUCAGCCUGCUGGAUGGCAGCACCCUAGAGGUCCUGGAGAGGCGCCUGCACGUCUGUGUCCACAACGGCCUGGGCUUCGUGCACAGGCCACAGGUGGUUGUGCUUGUACCCGAGAUGGAUGUGGCCUUGACGCGCUCAGCAAGCUUCAGCAGGAGAGUCAGCAGCUCUUCUAAGAACAGCUCUGGAAACCAGGCUCUGGUUUUGAGAAGUCACUUGCGACUCCCGGAGAUGGUGAGCCACCCAGCAUUUGCCAUCGUCUUCCAGCUGGAGUACGCGUUCAGCAGUCCUUCAGGAGCGGACGGCAGUGCGGGCUUGUCCACCUCUCUAUCCAACUUGGCAUGCAUGCACAUGGUUCGCUGGGCUGUUUGGAACCCCGAGCUGGAGGCGGCCUCAGGAAAAGUGACGCUGCCUCUUCAGGGUGGGAUCCAGCACAAUCCCUCACACUGUCUGGUCUAUAAGGUGCCUUCAGCUAGCAUGAGCUCUGAGGAGGUGAAGCAGGUGGAGUCGGGAACCAUCCAGUUCCAGUUCUCGCUGAGCUCAGACACCCCCCCAGAGCAUGGCCCCAAGGCAGAGCGGCGUUCCUCCAGGAAGACACCUGCGUCCCCUUCAGGCACGCCAGCACCAGCAGCCCAGGAUCUUGCUGCAAUCCAGGACUCUCCUGUGGGACCAGGGCUGUCGCUUUCCCAACUGGCGGCCUCCCCACAGCCUCCGGCUCCAUGCAGCUCUUCCAAGCCUCCUCCUCAGUCCCUGGACAGACCUCAGUCCCCACAGGGUCCCCAGCUCCAGGCAGAACCCGUGUUAGAGGGCAGGGUCUCUCACCUGGAAGCUGACCUGAGCCAGACGUCCUUGGUUCUGGGAACACCUGCUGUCGAUCAUCUGCAGGAACUCCCCUUCACUCCUCUGCAUGUCCCCAUCGUUGUGGGAGCCCAGACCAGGAGCUCGAGAAGGCAGCUCUCGAGAGCAGCAAUGGCGCUCCUGCAGUCUUCCGGCUUCCCCGAGAUCCUGGAUGCUAGCCAGCAGCCAGUGGAAGCCGUCAACCCCACAGAUCCGGUGAGGUUCAACCCUCAGAAGGAGGAGUCAGAUUGUCGUCGAGGGAAUGAGAUCGUGCUUCAGUUUCUUGCCUUCAGCAGAGCGGCCCAGGACUGCCCAGGAGCACCAUGGCCACAGACUGUGUAUUUCACCUUCCAGUUUUACCGUUUUCCACCUGAGACCACGCCACGCCUGCAGCUGGUCAAGCUGGAUGGGACAGGCAAGAGCAGCUCUGCCUCCCUGUCCCAUGUCCUCGUCCCCAUUAAUAAAGACGGCUCCUUUGAGGCUGGCUCUCCCGGCUUCCAGCUGAGGUACAUGGUGGAUCCCGGGUUCCUGAAGCCAGGCGAGCAGCGCUGGUUCACCCACUACCUGGCUGCUCAGACGCUGCAGGUCGACGUCUGGGACGGAGACUCUCUGCUCCUCAUUGGGUCUGCUGGCGUCCAGAUGAAGCACCUCCUCCGCCAAGGGCGGCCAGCUGUUCAGGUCUCACAUGAACUGGAGGUCAUGGCCACUGAGUAUGAGCAGGAAACGAUGGUGGUGAGCGGCGACGUGGCUGCCUUUGGCAGCAUCAAGCCCAUUGGUGUCCACACAGUGGUGAAGGGCCGCCUGCACCUGACCUUAGCCAACGUGGGUCACAUGUGGGAGCCAAGAGCAAGAGGUUCCUGUUCGCUGCCACCAUCCAGGUCUCGGGUCAUCUCAAAUGAUGGAGCCAGCUUCUUCUCUGGGGGAAGCCUCCUCAUACCAGGAGGCCCCAGACGAAAACGUGUGGUGCAGGCGCAGAAACUGGCUGACGUGGACAGCGAGCUGGCCGCCAUGCUGCUGACCCACACUCGAGCUGGCCAGGGGCCCCAGGCUGCGGGCCAGGAGGCAGAUGCUGUGCACAGGCGCAAGCUGGAAAGGAUGCGGCUGGUGCGUCUGCAGGAGUCCGGAGGGGAUUCUGGCAGCCGCAGGAUCAGUUUGCUGGCCCAGCAGAGUGUCCGUGCACAGCACUCACGGGACCUGCAGGUCAUUGAUGCCUACCGGGAGCGUACCAAGACAGAGAGCAUCACCAGUGUACUGAGCCAGGCCAUCACCACCCACCACACACUGUACGCCACACUGGGCACGGCUGAGUUCUUCGAGUUUGCCCUUAAAAACCCGCAUAACACUCAGCACACGGUGGCCAUCGAGAUUGAUAGCCCGGAGCUCAGCAUCAUCCUGGACUGCCAGGAGUGGCGGCACUUCAAGGAGACCACUGGCCUGCACACGCCUCUGGAGGAGGACAUGUUCCACCUGCGUGGCAGCCUGGCACCCCAGCUCUACCUGCGACCCCGGGAGACUGCCCACAUCCCCUUCAAGUACCAGAACUUCUCUGUGGGCCCAUUGGCUCCACCACAGACCCCUGCUGAGAUGAGCUUGGAGAAGGACCCAAAGUCUGGACCCCUUUGGAAGUACAGUGCCAUGCCUACUAAACAUGCCAAGGUUCUUUUCCGGGUGGAGAGUGGCCGGCCCAUUGCAGUGCUCUGCCUGACUGUGGAGCCCCAGCCCCACGUGGUGGACCAGGUCUUCCGCUUCUACCACCCAGAACUCACCUUCCUGAAGAAGGCCAUCCGCCUGCCUCCCUGGCACACACUUCCAGGUGCUCCUGUGGGGAUGCCCGGUGAGGACCCCCCAGUCCACGUCCGAUGCAGUGACCCGAAUGUCAUCUGUGAGGCCCAGAACGUGGGUCCCGGCGAGCCACGAGAUGUGUUUCUUAAGGUGGCCAGCGGUCCAAGCCCGGAGAUCAAAGACUUCUUUGUCAUCAUCUAUGCGGAUCGCUGGCUGGCAGAGCCUGUGCAGACAUGGCAGGUCUGCCUCCACUCCCUGCAGCGUGUGGACGUCUCCUGCGUCGCAGGACAGCUGACCCGUCUGUCCCUUGUCCUACGGGGGACACAGACUGUUAGGAAAGUGAGAGCCUUUACCUCCCACCCUCAGGAGCUGAAGACAGACCCUGCAGGUGUCUUCAUGUUACCGCCUCAUGGGGUGCAGGACCUUCACGUGGGCGUGAGGCCGAGGAGGGCUGGCAGCCGCUUUGUCCAUCUCAACCUGGUGGACAUGGACUACCACCAGCUGGUGGCGUCAUGGCUCGUAUGCCUCUCCUGCCGCCAGCCUCUCAUUUCCAAGGCCUUUGAGAUCACCAUGGCAGCUGGAGAAGGGAAGGGUGCCAGCAAGCGGAUCACCUACACCAACCCGUAUCCUUCUCGGAGGACCUACCACCUGCACACUGACCGCCCUGACCUGCUGCAGUUCAAGGAGAAGUCCUUCCAGGUGGCAGGAGGAGAGACCUACACCAUCGGCCUGAGGUUUGGGCCGAGUGGCAGUACCGGGCAGGAGGAGAUCCUGAUUUACAUCAAUGACCACGAGGACAAGAACGAAGAGACAUUCUGUGUGAAGGUGCUCUACCAGUGAGGGGACAGCUGUGUGGCCAGUGCCCACUCCUGAGUGUCCCUCCCUGCAGACCCCCCUCCUAGCCUUGCCAUCGCAAUGACUCAGGACGGGCCUGUGCGGCCUGUGGAGCUGGCUGAUUGGAGAGAGGCAGUGUUCCUGGUCAUGGCACAACACCUCAGCUAAGCUGAGACUAAUCCUGUGAGGGAAUGUGGCCUCUAGGUGGCCACAGCAGUGACCCCACUCUGCCCACGCACACACAAGGCUAUGUUACUCCUCACACCUCUCAGGCCGUCACUGUCUAGAACAAAUUGUGUUGUACAAGUCAUCCCCAAUGAUAAAAUUAUGUUUUUCUUACCAGAUUUAGUAUGAACAUAAUAUAUUUUAAUUUGCUAUGUAUUUUAUACUGGAAUUCUUUUGUAUCCCUUUUUUUAAGUUAUUGAAUGAAGCAUUUCACUUCUA